CAGUCAGUCAGUCUGUCAGUCGGCCGGCCGCCGGACCUGGGUACUUCUGCACACCCCCCCUCACCCCUUCCUCCGUUACCGACCCCCGCCCGCCGCGCUGACAGCACCAGGGCCUGAGGCUGGCGGCGAGGAGGUUGUCAGCAGCUGCUUCUUAACGAAGAGCCGCUUGUCAUCACCAAUGUGCACGUGAAAUGGAAAAGGAAUAGAUUCUGGAAAAUAACUUCGGUUUCAACCUUACAAGAUGUUGCAUGACGUGCAUAAAGAAGUUUUAAGUGACCGCUCUACUUGAUCAACAUGGUGGACGCUGAAAACCAGCUCUACCCACUUACUCCUUUGGAGGAGGAUGAUCUAAGCAGCCCUUUAUCUGGAGAGUUCCUACAAGAUAUGGAGAACAUUCAAGACCUCUCUCAGUCUCUAGGUGAUGAUAGCUCUGGAGCUUUAAGUUUAACAGAGUUCCAGUCGCUGGGAAAUGGCCCAGGAUCUGAUGGAUCAGUUGUAACAGACACCCUUUCACCAGCAUCCAGUCCUUCAUCCAUUAAUUUUGCCACAGCUCCAGGUAGCAUAGAUGAAUCACCCAGUGGAGCAUUAAACAUUGAAUGUAGAAUUUGUGGGGAUAAAGCCUCAGGCUACCAUUACGGAGUACAUGCUUGUGAAGGUUGUAAGGGUUUUUUUAGAAGAACAAUUCGUUUAAAACUCAUCUAUGAUAAAUGUGAUCGCAACUGCAAAAUUCAGAAAAAAAAUCGUAAUAAGUGCCAAUACUGUCGUUUUCAAAAGUGCCUUUCAGUUGGAAUGUCACAUAAUGCAAUACGUUUUGGACGAAUGCCAAGGUCUGAGAAGGCCAAGUUGAAGGCAGAAAUUCUAACAGGUGAAAAUUAUGUAGAAGAUUCAGAAAUGGCAGAUCUUAAAUCACUUGCCAAAAGAAUUCAUGAUGCUUACCUGAAAAACUUCAAUAUGAACAAGGUUAAAGCCAGAAUCAUCCUUGCAGGGAAAACUAGUAACAAUCCACCAUUUGUUAUACAUGAUAUGGAUACCUUGUGUAUGGCAGAGAAGACUCUGGUGGCAAAACUGGUGGCCAAUGGAAUUCAGAACAAGGAAGCAGAGGUUCGGAUCUUCCACUGCUGCCAGUGUACGUCUGUAGAGACAGUCACUGAACUUACUGAAUUUGCCAAAUCUAUACCUGGCUUCUCCAAUCUCGACUUGAAUGAUCAAGUGACACUGUUAAAAUACGGAGUUUAUGAAGCCAUAUUUGCCAUGUUAGCAUCUGUGAUGAACAAGGAUGGGAUGCUAGUUGCCUAUGGAAAUGGUUUUAUAACCCGGGAGUUCCUGAAAAGCCUGAGAAAGCCAUUCUGUGAUAUAAUGGAGCCAAAAUUUGAUUUUGCAAUGAAAUUCAAUGCACUGGAAUUGGAUGAUAGUGAUAUAUCCCUUUUUGUUGCUGCCAUCAUUUGCUGUGGAGAUCGCCCUGGUCUUGUGAAUGUAGGACACAUUGAAAAAAUGCAGGAGAGCAUUGUGCAUGUACUGAAACUUCACCUGCAAACCAACCAUCCUGAUGACACCUUCCUCUUCCCAAAACUCCUCCAAAAAAUGGCUGACCUCCGACAACUAGUCACAGAGCAUGCUCAGCUUGUUCAGAUAAUUAAGAAGACUGAAUCUGAUGCACAUUUACACCCUUUACUACAGGAAAUCUACAGGGACAUGUACUAAAGAUUUUUAGUAUUUUUUUCCACAAUAUUUAAAGACGAGCAAUACUAAUAAUGGAUGGGAGCAAAGCUACUUGCACAGUCAUCUGCUGUUCACUCAGCCCAGAAAAACCUAAUGCUGGGUAGCUGGAGUGUUACACUUCUUUUGGUUUGGGAUCUUUUGUCUUUUUUUGCAAGAUUUCUGCAGAAAAGUACUGAUCAUAGUGCUCGUGAAGUGUCUUACAAUGGUUCUUUUACUUGGAAAUUUGAAGAUUGGUAAGGAAUACGUAUUUGUAUAAUAAAUCAGAAUGUUAAGUAACAGCAAUGAACAAAAUUGUAUUUCCUCUUGGCUUAGUCAUUUUAGAAUUACUGUAACAAAUCCCACAAAUUCUGUGCAGGCAUAUGCACAAUCAUAAAGGUUAUGCACUUUUGGCUAAUGGUAAUUACUGAGAACCAACUAACACUUUUCCUUACAGCAGUCAGUCUAGGUGUAUGAAAUGCUUGGAUAUUACUGUACAUACACAUCUAAAACAUUUGAAAGACCUUUAAUCCACUGCUGCUUUAAUUCCAUGAAAGGCAGUACAGCUUCAUAUAGUAUUACAUUGGUAUACCUUAGGAUUAGCCUAGGUGUAUCCUAGUAAGGUUACACCUUAGGACUAGCAUGUUUAAAAGAUGGUUCGUUUAUGAAAUGGAUUGAAGUCUGAACAGUUAUCUACAAUACAGCAGAGAUGCUCCAUUCAGCUGUUUCUUGAAGAGUAAAUGUGAUAAAGCAAUGGAACCCUUUUUUCAAGUGUUUUAAGGAAAUAUGAAAGUGUCCCUGAGGAAAAAUGGUGUCAUACCAUGUGUAUUUUGGAGAACUUGUAAUAGCUCAAGCAGUUUUGGCUUUAAAAUGUUAUUUUGUAUUAGCAAGAGUUUUGGAGAGACUGAAAACUCUGAUCCUGGCCCAGAGAAAAAAAUUCCAACUGCACAGCAUUCUAGUGCCAUGAUAGCUGACUCUGAAGAUUUGAUUGCAUAGGAAAGGCACCUUCUUUCUAGACAAGUAUCUUGGCAGUACAGAAUUGUUUGGAUCUGUUUACUUUUGUGAUGAAUGUGGUGUUUCAUUCUUUCCAGUUGUCCACUCAGCUGUAUUUCUUUCUGUUCUUAGGCCUUGUCGAUGGAAGUAUUAGCUAGAUUACUUCACCAAAUUUUGUCCUUGUGGAUAAGGGGAAAAUAUUACCAAGAACAGCAUUUGUAGGUAUCGUUUGUGCAAUAUUGUGAAAGAGAGCACAGUUGAGAGUAAGUUUAUCACUGAGAGCAAACUCUGAUUUUACAAUAGUAUGUACUGCUAAUGCAAAAUAAGCCAUAAGGAAAGUGCUUGACUUUGAUAAAAGAUCCUGUAAAAUGGCAGAGAGUACUACACAAAAGUACUAGCUGCAUGCAAGACACUGUGCUAUUUCUUUUUCUAUUUUAAUAUGGUGACUUCACAUUGUUUCCUUAUUUUAGUGUUUGUUUCGUAACACAAAGAUCUCAGGAGCCAAUCUUAGCAUUUUCACUAUAGUUAAACUUUCAGUGGCACAGGAGAACACUUUGUACUUGUUUUAUUGUAGCACAUUUGAAGAGUUCAGAAUCAUACACCUUUACUAGACUAAUUAAGUAAGAUCAUUGAAGUGCGGACAUCACACCAUGAUUCUCAUUUUAGUCACUUGUUUCUUUACAGGCCCGCUGGCAUAGCUAUACACUGGAUAAAUUACAGGUUUAAAAGCAACUUGUCUUUUAUCCAGACAAUGGUCAUUAGCAGAGGUUUUGGUGUCAGAUAUAUUUAGUGUAAAAUAUUGAAGCAUAGGCCUCAAAUUUGGUGACCAUUGAGGUCAGGAUAGAAGCAAUGAAAGCACAUGCACAAAAAUUUCUCCUCUUCCCUGCUGCCAGUGGGCAACAGAAAGAAAUAGCCCUUACAUUACAGCUACUUCUAACACUUCAUUAAGAGAAGAUUGUUGGUCUUAACAGGAAACAGUAGAUGAGAAAUGGGUUGUCUUUUGUGGUUUACAGCAGUACAAGGUACGCCCUCAGAAAUAACAAGAGGAUUUUAGCAGUGAUGCUGCUUUGUUCUUCCAGUCAGCCAUGUUUCACUAGAGGACUGAGGGGUUUGUGAUGGCUCUAAUACCCAAAUGUUUUAUUUUCUAAAAAAUGUAUAAGCUGAAUUUUCUUCCCCCAAAGCUUAGAUAUUUGCAAAGAGCAAAUCCCAAAGUCAUGUUCCAUAGUCUGGGAGUACAGAAGUUUCUCAAGAAACCCAGACACAGUCAGUGUGGACAAAACCUGUUUUUCCUGCUCUUGUUCUCCAAAGUGUCUAAACCAGUUUUCUGAAAUCUUAAAAAAAAAAAAAUGGAAAAUUUCAUAACAAGUAUAUAAAUUCUCAGCUAAACUAUUAAGAAUUGCAAACAGCAAGAUGCAGUGGAAGACAUAAUGUUUAGCUGUAUUAGCAGCUGCUUGUAACAGGUUCCUAUUAUUGGCAUUAGUGAAGGGUGUAAUUUGCAUUUCUCCUGUUCCAGAUCCAUUUUGUUUUGUUAGUUGAAAACCAGCAAGCAUUUUUUGGCUAGCUCCUUGGACACUGAAGUUUGAUUUCUGUUUUAAAUUCAAUUGCAGACCUUUAUGAGAAAAAAAAGGAAAGAACACAUCUCUGCAUUACAGAAAUAUGAACAAGAUGUUAAUAUAGCCUAAAAUUCUGGAUGGAUUCCACUGCCCACACUGCUGCACUGAGCGCUUACCCACAGCCUCUUUAAAGAGUGGCACAGGGCAGAUGAUUCACUUCCACAGCGUUAAUGGCCGAAACAGGUUCUGAAUUUCUACCUUCCACUUUUAAUGAAGUACAUUCACUACUUCAGUAGGUGACUGCAGUAGGCUUUUGCCAUUUCAGACUGACCCCAUUUGUGUUCCUUUCUUGGAAGUUCAGAAUCUGAACUAGUUUGAAAUCUAUUACUGAGGAGCCUUCAGCAUCUCCAUCUUAUACAUGUUGUCCAAUACUUUAAAAUGCCCCUUCUGUGGAGGGAAAUAAAGGGAUCAGACUGUAGAAUUAAAAAAGUAUCGAAGAUUUACUGACUUGUUAGGUACAGUUUUAGUCUGAUUCUUACCAAUGUAACUGCUAUCAUAGCACUGAAGUGCUCUGGUUAGCAAUCAGGUACCCACAAACAGGUUGAGACAAGAGACAGCAGAUGGAUAGAGAAAAAUCCUAGGAAACAAUGGUACAACUUAAGUUCUCAACAACCAUACAGAUUGCUCAUUUUUUGACGGUUGUUUUGGGGGGGUUUAUUUAUUGGGAUGCUCUAGGUACUUUGACAAGGGGAAAGAAAAAACCCCAAAGUUUUCAUGUCCAGUAUUAGGGAAAUCUGAUGUUCAUUUGUAUCUCCCUCUUAGAUAUUUUCCUUAAAGGUGUACUGUCUUCAGUGUAACAGCACACAACUGCUGUUUAAAAGCAAGAAUCAGUUACAUUGUACCUUUUUAAAUUUCAGAAUCCCUCAUCUAUUUUCAACACCAACUGACAGACAAUAGGUAAAAAUGUCAAGAAAUUGAAUCUUUCUUUGCAUUUAAAGAAACCUUUUUUAUUUAAUUGUAAUUUCUAUGUGCCUUUGUGCUUUGGUUCUAGCCAGCUGCUAGGAAGCUGAAGUGUUGCCAAAGAGUGUAUUUUUGCCUCAUUUCUGGCCCGCACAGAUUUAGGAAAUACCAGCAGUUGCACUAAGUCUGUUCUCAUGAGAGAGCUAGCACAAGUUUGCAUAUCAAAGAGCUUAUAAUAAGCAUCUAAACAUUUGUUUGUUUAUUCAAACUGCUAAAACUUGGGGAGAUUUACGCAUCACGGGAGCUGGGUCACAUACUAUUGAAUUGAAUUUCCGCCUUAAUUUCUAAUGGAAAGCCUGGAAGACUUAUGCACCAUCUCAGACAAAGCAGUUGGAGAUUACACUGUAGCUGCCUGUACUGUAUUUGAAGAGGAACAAUUUCAGCCCUGUCUCUCCUUAACAGGAUCCCUCUUACUUGGUUGAAAACCUGCAGCUACACUGAACAAAUACAUUUGCAGCUAUUCUGAUACUGCUUAGACAUGAGGUCUUUCUUACAAAUAAUGGUCCUUCCCUGAAAGCCCUAAUCCUUUAGUAAGUGUUGAAAUGUAAGGUGUAGCAUGGCAUCUAGUGCUUGCUUGUAUCUCAAGUGCUUUCUUGAUAGUCCAUUGCAUAUGUUGGGGUUUUUUAAUCUAGGUUUAAUCAGCUUUAUUAUCCUCCUUUUACUAGAGGUUUAAAUUAUAUGUGGGUUUGAUCUAAGGUUAUUGAUAUUGUUAUGUGUUGUGGGAUUUAUUGUUUAAAAUAAUGUAAUACCAUUUCUUUAUGUUUCAAUUUGUAAAAUACAAGAAGAUAAUUGCAGGGUAUAAACUUUCACUAAAUUAUAUUACAGAGAUGCUUUAAGAAAAAUAUAUAAAUUAUUUAAUUUAAAUAUAUGUUUCAUACUUUAUCUUGUGAACCCUUUUGUACAGUGAGGAAAGAUGUACUUUUAUGAGGCAAGGAUAAUGGGCCUGAAGUCAAGGACAAACUGCUAUUUAUCCCUGUCGUUAUUAAUGUACCAUUUGUGAAGAAGUAUGACAAAUUCUGCAACCUAUCAGUGUUUGGUAUAAUUGUAACAACAGUUUAGAAUAUAUUUUCACAUGGAACAUAGACUUUCUUUUAUUCAGUUUUAAUAAAAGCCUAGGUGAAGAAGAGCUGCAAUCCCAAAAUCGAGUUGGUAUUUUUAAUGUUUUAAAUCAAGUUGACUGAUGGGAGAGUUUCUAGCACAAGAUGCUGAAAUGCCAUUACUGGCUUUUCUAUAGGAGUGUUCCCUUGAUGAUUUUUAGUAGAGAUGAAGUCAGAAUCUGUUUUUAGGGAUUUUGUGUCCUGUGAUUCAAGUGUGACAGUCUGUGCCUACAGCAUUCCUGAUAACAAAUUGUGGUACCGAAAUACUUUUAAGUUACCUUUUAAAGGUAUACCUCUUAUUUUGCUGCAGUCGAAACGUAGCAUCUGGUACAAGCACAGUGUAUUAUGAAUGUUCCACCUGCGAUUUAUACUUAGUGCAUUUUAUUUGUAAUAGAUAGUAUUUUAUUUCCCCAAAUCACUGUAACUUGCAAUCUUCACUUGCUCAGUGUCGCCAUACACGUAUAUUGCCUACUAAGAUGUUUGUGUCAUAUUGGUGAAAGCUCUGCUGGACUUCCUUGUGCCAACCAACAGCUACUUCUUUUCUGAACUUCAUAGGCAGCAAUGAUAAAAACCCCUGUAAAAGGUACUAGCAGAUGUCACGUUACACUGUAAAUACCUGAUACAAAUUCAUUGUUAACUAAACCCAUCCUAGGGCAAGGGUGUUGCCUCUUUUGUUUUCUGUAAUGUGCUUACAGGGGUUUUUAAUCUUUUUCUGCUUCUGAAGCUGUUCUGGUUUGUUUUUCUUAAACACCUUUUGUGCUUGUUGAUCUUGUCAGAUUCCAUUGCCAGGGUGUUUCAAAAGAGAAUUUCUAUUGCAAGGACCUCAAUUUCAGAUGAGUUGCCCCUGCCCAGGGGAUAGGCUGCAUACACAAAAGAGAUUAAUCUGAUUACUGGUUGGGCCUUAAACAAGGACUGCAAGAUCAAGCAUGAGGUACUUAAAAUUGGUUUUGAGUAUUUUGGUAUGUUUUCUUAGGCUGGAUAUGCAGUAAUCCCCAUUGUGGAAAAGACACCAACCGGCCUUAUGAUUAAUGCAAGACAUUUCCUGGCAUUCUUUACACUUGAAAGGAAAAAAAGCUGGCGGCAUGGGAAAACACAGACCAUCCGCACUGUUGGCAACGUGCGAAUACUGCAUCCUACACCUAACUGUGUAGGAGUGCCGUGUAAUCAUUCAAAACGUGUUUGUGCCGUGCAGCAUCAGAAGGUUACCAAACCUUCUGGUGGGUGAUUCAUAUGCAAAUAACCAUGCAGAGCACUGUUCAAAUCCAUGCUUUGUUACCUCUGGCACACUGGGAUAUUCUAGGUGCAAUUUGCCUCGCAGUACUGUAGGGUUGCCUUUGUGGAGACAAGGUGCCUUUGCUGUCCUGUUAGUAAGAGCUGUUUGUGGUGCCGUGCAUGUAUUCAGGUAUCUGCAGGCACUCGCCAGCAGUGCUGCUCAGCAGAGGGUCACUGAGGAGCCUGCUGCGGCUCUUCUGCUGCUGGUGCUUCUGCAGACAGCAGCAAGGAGCUGCUUCUGAUCAAAUCACUCCCCUGGGAAGUGAAUCCUGGGGGUUAGGUGGGUAUGUGAAACCAUGGCUCUGUCUCAGUAGCCACAAGUACUUUCCUCUGGUUUCAGAAGUGGACGAACACUUACAGCUUUAGUUAUUGCUUUAGUCUCAACAAAUCUAAUCAAUGUUUUGAUAUUACGGAUUUGAACAAGAACACCCCUUGUGACUGUUUGACCAAGUCUGGUUUAUCGGCUAUGAAGGUGAGCUGUUUCAUGUUGCUCCUGCUAUUUCACAGCUUUUGCAAACAAUGGCUCUAAAUUUUGUUUAGGAAUGUAACACAACAGUUUAAUGACAUCAUGGUGUUAACACCCUUUAUCACAUCUUAAAUGGUCUUAUAUCUGAUGUGACACAAAAAAGCACAUUUUUGUUAAGGUUGCCAAACCCUAAUUACUGCAGCUAACAAGUGUUUAUAAUUAAACCAAGAUAUCAAUAUUAAAGAAUAACAAAAACCAACAAAAACCAGAUCAUUGUUUCCAGUCACCUCUAGUUUUAGGUUUUGGGUACGUUUUAUGACAGUAAAUACGGAACCUACAAAGAGCAGCCGUUUUUCGCAGGGAGUAAUCAAACCUAAUUCUCAUGGAAUGCUUGUUUCCCAGUAAAAUACCACUAAUUCAAGCCAAGUUCCCAAGUUUCUUUCUGUCGGAACAAUGCAAAUGACAUUUUCAAGAAGGAACAGAAGCCCUGGUCUUGCAGGGAUUUGUGGGAAAGACUUGCACUUGUGAAUGUAAAAAUGACACAUGGUUAAAUAUGAUGAUGCAUUCUCAAAUGUUACCAGCCUUCUGAUCUAGGAUGACACAAACUUGAACUAAACGUUUUUCUUCUUUUUUACAUUCUGAUUUUUUCCUGUCUCCUUUAAAAACAAGAGGUUGAAUUCAUAGUGUUUGUAUAGAGACUGGUAGGAACCUAUGUGCUUUAAAAAAGAGUAACCCUUUAAGACUGUAAACACAGGUAAUUUGAAAUACGGAUUUGCCUUAAUGGUUCAAGAAAAAAAUAAAGUAUUUUUAAAAGUGAA